AUGAAGAGAUUGGUAAGAAACCUAGGACGAAACUUGGAUGAUCUUGAUGGGUCGUCGUCUUCUAUGUCUUCAUCGUUCCUGAACCUUCGUUGUUAUAAUUACCCUUCGUUACUCCUCGGUUACAACACGGCUAAGUCUGAGAAGACAGAGAGGAACGACCCUAGUUACCAACCAUGCCUAAAGGAGAACACAACAAGCCGCAAGAGGCGUGCCGUGCAACAGAGGAAGAGUGGUAAUUUCAAGAAAGCAAAGGUUGCUUCUUUCCCAAGGAGGACGGAUACAGAUGCACCGGAGUGGAUUUUUCAGGUGAUGAGAAGAAUGAGAGCUGAUGCUGCAAACCCGUUGCUGAUCUUUGAGAAGGGUCUAAAAGCGAGUGAUGUGAAAUCAGGCCAGAGUCGUCUCUUAAUCCCAUUCCAACAGCUCAUCAGGAACGAUUUCUUGACGCCAGGGGAGUAUCGAGCCAUGGAGAAAGACGAAUACAAGGAAAACGACGAUGAGAAUAUUGGUGUUGGAGCGAUUUUUGUGAACCAAAGAUGUGAAAAGUGGGGUGUACGUUUUAAGAUAUGGGCGAUGGAAAAAGACAGUGGACACGGGACCUUGAAUUACGCUUUGAACUGGGGGUGGAACGAUGUCGUCAAGGGUAACGACUUAAAAGAGGACGACAAGAUCAGUCUUUGGGCUUUCAGGUGGCGUGGAGUACUCUGCUUUGCUCUUGAGACAUACUAA